AAUAACGUCGAGCACCUGGGAAUAUUCCUACGGCCAAGAUGGCAGCCCUGUGCAGAUGAGAAUUUUCUGCAAUGUUCAUCGGUCGGAAAUAUUCAAUUUGCAGGUCUGUUCUUCGAGGUUAGCCCCUGUUUUCACUUCUGAAAUAGCGAAUUAAAGGAAUUUAUUGUAAUGGCAGCCGAGGCUCAAGCUGGCGACUUGCCAGAAACGAAGGAAGAUUCGAAAGGAGUUACGCCUGCCAGUCCUACCGUAAACAUGGUGAAUGGGAGCGGCACGACCAAAAUGAAAUUUGGUGUGUUGAUUGGUCUCAUCGAAGUAGGGGAGAUUUCCAACAGGGAUGUGGUCGACACUGUGCUCAAUCUUCUUGUUGGCGGUGAGUUUGACUUGGAGUCCAACUUUGUCGUUGAGGAUCCGGAGAACGUAACCCAUCUCCUUGAGCUGAUUGACCAUUGUGAAGAGAAACUUCAGGCUGAGAUAUGGAGUAUGUUUGUGGCCAUUUUGAGGAAGAGCGUUCUCAACCUGCAAGCCUGCACAGAGGUCAGCCUGAUCACCAAGCUGGUCAACAAGCUACAAUCAUGCAACGAAAUGCUCUCAGAUCUGCUGAUGGAGAUCCUGGGAGUGAUUGCCAGCUACAGCAUCUCGGUCAAGGAGCUCAAACUCAUCUUCAGCUUCCUGAAAGGGGACACCGGACUGUGGCCGCGGUAUUCUGUCAAACUCCUGCAAGUCCUGAAGCAAAUCCCUCGCAAGCACGGACCGGACGUGUUCUUCAGCUUCUCAGGGAAGAACGGGGCGGCUAUUGCAAUGCCUCCCAUGGCAAGGUGGCCAUACCAGAAUGGAUUUACGUUUACUACCUGGUUCCGCCUUGAUCCUAUCAACCCAUCCAUAGAGAAGGACAAGCCCUACCUUUACUGUUUCCGGACGGGCAAAGGUAUUGGCUACUCGGGUCAUUUCAUGGGAUCGUGUCUGGUCAUCACAGCGGUCAAGAUCAAAGGCAAAGGGUUCCAACACUGCAUCAAACAUGACUUCCAGCCAAGGAAGUGGAACAUGGUGACGGUGGUGCACGUGUACAACCGGUGGAGAGCCAGUGAAAUCCGUUGCUAUGUCAACGGUGAGCUAGUGUCUUCAGGAGAAAUGCAGUGGCAUGUGGCGGCCAGUGAACCAUUUGACAAGUGUUUCCUGGGCUCGGCACCCACAGCAGACAAGGAGAGGACCUUCUGUGGCCAGAUGUCAUCUGUCUAUCUAUUCAGCGAGGCUCUUACCCCACAUCAUGUGCACGCCAUGUACCUGCUCGGACCAAACUACAGGAGCCACUUCAAGUUCCACUCAGAGAGCGACGUCAGCCUCUCGGAGCACUACAAGAAGAUACUCUAUGAUGGCAAGAUGACCAACAGCAUCGUGUUCCUGUACAGCCCAGCUGCUACCGAGUCUCAGCUAUGUCUGGAUUCAUCUCCUAAGGGCAACCCCUCCUACUUUGUGCAUUCUCCACAUGCUCUUAUGGUCCAGGAUGUGCGAGCCAUCGUGACACAUUCCAUCCACAGCACCUUGCAUUCCAUCGGCGGUAUUCACAUGAUCUUUCCUCUCUUCACUCAACUGGACUACGUCCAAUCGGCCACCGAGGAGGGACAAGAAGACAAAAUUAACCCUGAGGUCUGCCCGCUUCUCCUGCAUCUACUGUGUGAUCUACUCAAGGGAUCCAUGUCAACUCAGCAGCAGAUGGUACAAGGCAGAGGAUUUGUCAUCUUGGGGUACCUCUUACAAAAAGCGUCCAUGAAGCACAUGACAGAGACAGCACUGGAGCUGUUCUUGGAUCUUGCCAAGUAUUACAACGGUGUACCGGCUGGUAUCCAGCUGUUGAGACACUUAGUGGAUCACAUCCUAUUCAACCCCUGUUUGUGGAUCCACACGCCAGUCAAGACCCAGAUCUCCCUGUAUACAUUCCUGUCCAAUGAGUUUGUUGGUCAGUCCACCAUCUACACCAACAUCCGUCGGGUCAGCACUGUACUGCAGCUCAUGCAUACCCUCAAGUAUUACUACUGGGUCGUCAACCCGGAAGACCGCAGUGGGAUUGGCCCAAAGGGGCUGGAUGGUCCACGGCCGAACACAGAAGACCUGCUGACCCUGAGGGCGCUCAUCCUGCGCAUCACUAAGCAACUGAUCCUCAAGGAGAAAUCGGCCAAUGACGAGGAGCUGCAGAUCAUCCUCAACUAUCUCAUGACUAUUCAUGAGGAUGUCAAUUUGAAAGAUGUCUUGCAGUUGUUGCUGUCUCUCAUGGCAGAGAAUUCCAACGGGAUGGCCGUAGCUUUUGACAGGAAGAACGGUGUCAGAGUGAUCUACAAAUUGCUUGCCUCCAGUGAUGAGAUAGUCCGUGCCAUGGCCAUCAAGGUUCUGGCCUUGUUUCUCAGCCGUCUACCACACAAGAGGAAGAUGGACUUGAUGUACGCUCACAACCUGUACUCACUGCUGGGUGAGCGACUGUUACUCACGAGCAACUCACUCUCCAUGAUCAUGUACAACUGCUUGUUUGAGUUACUGACAGAGCAUGUGAGCCUUCAAGUAGUCACAGGGAGCCACAUCAAACCAGACAAAAGUUACAAGGUCAUGAACCCAGGUAUUUUCCACGUGACUGCUCGUCUGCUCCGCCAGUCAGCACCCAGUGAGGCUGCCGUGGAGGUCAAGAAACUCUUCCUGUCUGACAUGAUUCUGCUCUUCAACCACAGCAGGGAAAACAGGAGGAUUUUACUGCAGUGCUCCGUCUGGCAGGACUGGAUGAUCGGACUGGCCAACAUCUACCCCAAGACCGAGGAGGAAAAGAAGAUUACCGAGAUGGUCUACUCCCUGCUACGCAUGCUGCUGCAUCACGCCAUGAAGUAUGAGUGGGGAGGAUGGAGGGUCUGGGUGGAUACGCUGUCUAUCAUUCACUCUAAGGUCUCCUUUGAAGAGCACAAGCAGGAGCUCCUGAAGGCCUUCAACCAGUACCAGAACUCGCAGGGCGCCGACGGGAGCGGGCCACCGGCCAGCAUCUCGGCAGCCAUCAACGCCGCCCAGCUGGAGAACCUGUAUCAUGAAGACUCUGUCAGCCCGCUGGCGGCCAUGACGGCCGGCUACGGUGAACAGGCAGGGGAGGGUCAGGCUGCAGAGGCGGCAGGGGAGGGUCAGGCUGCAGUGGGGGCAGGGGAGGAAGAUAAAAGAAAACCUGACACAGAACCUGAACCGGAGGUCGUAGAUGGCAAGCAUGCCGUGACUGAAAUCCUAGAGGGCCUGAUCAGCGAUGUCGUCAAGAUUGUAGAUGGCAAUAGCGCCCCCGAGGGGCAAGACACGGAGAGGGACGAGGCGGACGGUAGCGAGGAGACAUCACCGGAUGUGACGACGACACCCAGUGAGGAGAAAUCUCCAGAGGAGGAGUCAAGCAAAGAUAUUUCUGACCAAUCAGCAGUCAGCAUUGCCAGCUCCGAUUCCACUGCCACCAGCUCUACUGCCUCUCACCCUACGCCCCUGGCAGCCAGCCAACUCCCCGGAGCCCAGGGCUCGCAAACCGGUGCCCAUCUCCCAGCCAGUAACCAGUGGUUACCGGCCGCCAAGCCGCGACAGCCAGAGGAGGACCAGGCGUCACUGAGCAGGCAAGGCUCCCGGUUCUUCAGCCCCGGUCCCCACCAGGCCCCAUAUCGCAUCCCGGAGUUCUGCUGGUCUGGGAUGCAUCAGCGGAUGAUGUCAGAUCUUCUGUUUGCUAUCGAGACAGAUAUACAAGUUUGGCGAAGCAACAACACCAGGACAGUAAUUGACUACGUCAACGCGGCUGAGAACACCAUCUUUGUUCAGAACGUGACCCAGAUGGUCUCCCAGAUCAUGGAUAACCUCAUCUACUCAUCGGGCGGCAUCCUCCCCAUGCUGUCCUCUGCAACAUCUAGAAGUCAUGAGCCUGACGUGAUCGAGCCCACCCAGGGUCUACCCUUAGAGGUCGGCAUCUCCUUCAUCAAUCGCAUCAUGAACCUUGUAGACGUCUUGGUCUUUGCCAGCAAUCAGAACUUUGGAGAGUUGGAAGUGGAGAAGAACAUGCCGCGAGGAGGGAUCCUCAGACAGUGUCUGAGACUCACCACCUUCUGUGCCAUCCGCAACGUCCUGGAGUGUCGCUUCCGCACCCAACCAUCACCCAGCUCAAGCCACCUCAGUCUCAGCAACAUCGGCCUGACGGAGCCCACCAGCCCCACUGCCCGCAUACAGACUCUCAUCAAUGCCACCCAGCCCUCGGCAAGGUUACAGGGAAAGUUUCCAUCGGUGCUUAAGAACAUCGUGGAGAACCUGGCUGGACCGACGUCCCCAAUCAAGGAUUUGGGAAGGCUACUACAAGACAUGGACGUACACCGGCUGAGGGCAGUAGUCUACAGAGAUGUGGAGGAGAGCAAGCAGGCUCAGUUCCUAGCCCUAGCCAUUGUCUACUUCAUCUCAGUCCUGAUGGUUGCUCGUUACCGUGACAUCCUAGACAACGAGGUGGGCAGCUCCACCCCGUCCUCAUCCCGCUCCCGUCAGAACUCCCUGCAACGCCAACAGCCCAGCCACGCCUCAAGCAGCCAAUCACUGGCCUCCGAGACGCCGUCAGAGAACCGGGGAACCCAGACUGUGCUGACACGCCUGGGGAAGAAGGUGGUUGCUAGGGAGGCAGCGGUUGCCAAGGAGACAGCAUCCAAGCCUCAGGUUGGGAAGAUGGUUGGGAAGGAGGCAAAAAUCACUGAAGAGAGCGGAGAGGAUAAGAUAACAGAAGGGAAGAUUAAAAAUGACGUCGCUGAAAAGAUCGAGGCACCACCAACAGACACUAAGCCAACCCCGGUCAUCAAACCCGGCACCCCUCCGCAGAGGGACAGCGAUACAGUCCCAGUGAAAAUUGAAGAUGCACAGACCAGCGAUGAGCAGACGGCUCCCAAAGACAUCCCUGACGUCGACAACCGUGUAGUGGAAGGGGAGGAACAGAAGGACUUAAAGGAGGCGGAGGAAGACGGGGAGCUCCAAAAGGAGAAGCGCAUCAUCCAGGAGGAGAUUGCCGAAGAUGCGAGCAUUGUCUCCAAGGAAGCAUCUCAGGAGCAAGUGGAAGCAGAGAAGGAAUCUGCCGAAGAUAAGCCAGAGAAGGCAUCUAAGGAGAAGACAUCCGAGGAGGAUGUCCAAUCCAAGGAGAUUGCCAGAGACACAGAUGAGGAGACAGAUGCAAGAGCCACUGAGAGGGAAUCCCCAGACGGGCAAGGCCGAGGGGAAGGUGAUGCUCCUUCAUUCCAUGAUGUCAGUAAGCCUAACGGUAGAGCGGUUGCCAAUGGUAGUGCUCCCAGUGGGUCAGCUCAGUCCAGUCCUGAUGAAGGCGGGGCAGUGGGGGCCGUGGGUGGUCCACUGAACACGGCUUCCAUCUCAUCUAUGAUCACUGCCUCGGAGAAAGUUGAAAAACUGCCCCUGCAGACAUGGCCGUGGACUGCCACCGCAGCUGCCGAAGCCCAAGAAAACGAACAGAACGGAAACCAACCGAACUCCAUCGAUGACCCCCAGCAGCCCUACCCAGCCAUGCCGUUCCCCAUGGACCACUCAGUCCCGACAACCGGCCCGGGUGGGGUACCAGCCAACCCCAACCGGCCCAAGAACCUGGAUCUCGAGAACAUGGCCACGCAGAGCGUCAACUCCUUCAGCGAUUGCUACCUCGGGGAGGGGACGGUAGAGGAGCGACUGACCAAGGCCCUGGAGACUGCCGCACCGUUGCUCAGGGAGAUCUUUAUCGACUUUGCCCCCUUCUUGUCCAAGACCCUGCUGGGAAGCCAUGGGCAGGAGUUGCUCAUCGAAGGUCUUGUAAGCAUGAAGUCGUCCAACUCAGUCAUCGAGCUCGUCAUGAUGCUGUGCUCCCAGGAAUGGCAGAACUCCAUCCAGAAACAUGCCGGCCUGGCCUUCAUAGAGCUGGUCAACGAGGGCAGGAUUUACUCCCACGCUACUAGGGAUCACCUGCUGCGCGUGGCCAACGAGGCCGAGUUUAUACUGAGCAGGCACCGGGCCGAGGAUGUGCAGAAACACGCUGAGUUUGAGUCCCUGUGUGCCCAGUCGGGCAUGGAAUGCAAGGAAGAGGAGAAGAUGUGUGAUCAUCUCAUCACGGCUGCCAGGAGGCGGGACCACAUCUUUGCCAAUCAGCUGCUGCAGAAGACUAUCAACAUCUUGACCAAUAAGCAUGGAGCUUGGGGCAAUGUCACCAACAGGCCGCGUGAGUUCUACCGUGUAGAUAUGUGGGAGGACAACACCCGACGCCAUCGUAGGCUAAUCCGUAAUCCCCUUGGCUCCACCCAUCCUGAGGCCACACUCAUGGCGGCCAUUGAACAUGGUGAGGAUGAGGAUGUGAUAGAGAAAGCCAAGCAAGCCUUGCAUUCCCAGCUGGCAGCAGGCAGGAGGUUUGACUCCCAAACCAGCGAGUUUGAAGAGGACAGCUCCAGCUUGCAAGAUGACAAGGAUGUAGAACUGGAAACCGAACUCGAAGGACCAGUUGUUUAUAGCACCCCAUCCUCUCUUGUCGCUCCUUGUGUCGUGGCCAAGGGAUCUCUCUCCAUCACCUCAUCUGAGAUGUACUUUGAAGUGGAUGAAGAGGACCCAGCGUACAAGGAAUUGGAUUCUAAGGUCAGUUUGUGCCUACAAAAAAAAUAACCAGAAGUAUUGUCA